AGGUGAUAUGUGGGGCAGAAAAUGCGAAAUCACAACUGCCAUAAUUGUAAAAUAUCAGCCAGGAAAGUUUCCCCUUGCCAGCCUUCAACUGACCAGAACUCGAAGAGUCUUUCUCCGCCCAAUUUGCGGUUAAACUUGAUUGACCUCUCUUGUUCUCUAAAUCCUUCACAGUGAGUCUCUCCCUCACAGCAUUGCCUAUUCGACAAAGGCCACAGAGCGCCUGACGCUGACACCGAUUCCGCCGCAGACCAUACAAAAUGAAGCACCUCGCUGCCUAUCUCCUUCUUGGCCUCGGUGGCAACACCUCGCCGUCGGCUGCCGACAUCAAGGCCGUUCUCGAGUCGGUCGGUAUCGAGGCUGAUGAUGAACGCCUCGAGAAGCUCCUUUCUGAGCUGGAGGGCAAGGACAUCAACGAGCUGAUCGCUGAGGGUUCGUCCAAGCUCGCCUCUGUUCCGUCUGGCGGUGCUGGCGGUGCUGCCGCCGCUGGUGGUGCUGCGGCAGGCGGCGCCGCUGCUGAGGCUCCCAAGGAGGAGGAGAAGAAGGAAGAGGGUAUGCGUUCCUGCUGUAGACUACCGUCUCCCUGUCGCUUACUGACGUCCUUGCAGAGAAGGAGGAGUCCGACGAGGACAUGGGCUUCGGUCUCUUCGACUAAGCGCCGAGUUAGUGGUCCUUGCAAGCUUGCUCAGCACUCUGGGUCGCUUCCGAAGAACCUUGGUGGCCUACUUGCGCAGCUACGACAUACAUGGCCACAUGAUAUGCCGUGGCGGGUGUUCCUGACGUGAGGGAGCGAGAUACCCUUCGUAACCAGGAUCCCUGAACUAGGGACCUGAGUAUGGUGGCGCGCCGGGCAUAUAGAAUGGAAUAUAACAGUCCAAGGCUCUCUUCGGACGCGAUGUGUUGCCGGCAUGCUCCAUGGGCCUAAUCCCUCGCCGCUCAUCUCCGUUGUGAGGCUGCUCCAGGCUGCGCGCUCGGCGACUGGGUAUUCCGUCGCGUCGCGCAAUGGAUAACGGAACAUUUGUUCUCUCUGUCUAGAUUAUCCAUUUGAUGUAGAGACCAUCCCAUCCACCACAGGGCCUGGUUGUGCUCCCCUCACCUCAGUCAGCUCAGCUUGGCUUCAGUUUGCUUGCCGAAUGCUGUCGGGCCCGCCUUUCCUCCUGCGCCGCUAUACGGCCUCUCAUUGGCUGCGUCCCAUACCUUGACGCGCUGUGGAUCUCGG